CUCUUGCUCACCCACUCUCCCUCUCCCUCCCAUCCUCACACACAUACACACCACUCCAGUAUAUCAGCUAGCGACUAGUGGAGCGCCAGAGGGGAGUGCAGAGAUGAAUGUGAAGACCCUGACGUUGGUGGUUCUGCUGCUGUUGUCUCUGCUGUGUUCAGCCAGUGCUGGUCCCAUGGCCUCCACCGAGCAUAGCAAGGAGGUGGAGGAGGUGGGAAGCAUGCGGACUCCUGUUCGGCAGAGCCCGGGCAGAGCCGGCCGGAGCCAACGACCCUCCGGCUGGAGGAGGAGACGUCCUCGACCCCGCCUCUCCCACAAGGGGCCCAUGCCGUUCUAGAGCAAGGCACUGCUUAUAGCGCCCUCCCCCAGGUUCUGAUUUCUGUGCUCUUCCUUUGCCUUGGGGGGCCUUGCAACACAGGGCCUAUGCUAGCCCAGCCUGAAGAGUGAUGUCCAUAGCACCUGCUGGUUCUUCAAGCAACUCUUCUUCUGUCCACAAAAAAACCAGGACAAGCCACUCACCCUCAGCUCUACGAAGAAACGCAGGCCAGGAAUGGGGUUUGGGGAGGUGUUGAGCCCAAGCUACCAGAUUCUGUAUCUCUCUCUCUCUCUCUCUCUUUAUUGAUCUAUUCCACUCUCUCAUUCACUCUGUCUCUCUCUCUCUCUCUCUUUCUCUCCCAGUGGUUCUGUCAUUUGCUUUCUAGAGCCCUUUCAUUGCCGUCCCCCCAUUGCCACACAUUUUGCAUGACGUGUGAGCUCUGAGGAGUCUGGUUCAGACAGUCUUAGUCCAAAAGCAUCAGUUAUUUCUCUGAGGUGUGUUUGUUCCAUUCUCUCCAGUGUAACGGUGACCACAGCCCUUUGUGUAAUUGCUGUGUGGACUAUUGAUGAUGGUUAUGAGGGAAAGCAAUGGCAGAAAAAUCAAUUGUAAAAAAAAAAAAAAAAAAAAAAAAAUCACCACCCGAUAUUUCUACAUUACAGUCACCACUUCAGAUCACCAACAUGUAACAAAAGCUAUUUUUUUCACCUGUCCGCUGAGGAAAAAAAAAAAAAAAGAAAACAAUCAGAUUGUUGAGUUGGUAAUAGAUACAUGAUUACUGUUUCAUUCAGCCAUCAUUGUUAAUUACAGUCUACUACGGCUUUUUUUUUUUUUUUGUCCCCCUAAUUUGAGUACAUGUGUACUCACACGUUUUGCUUUAAACUUCACUACUGUUCAUUGAAAGAUUGUGCAAUCCAAAGCCUAUUACUUACUGACUGGCCCCAGUGACACUACUUAUACUCUUGUUGUAAGUAGUGAGCUCCAGCCCCAUGAUGACUUAAUGGGAUCUGGACUGCCCAGUCUUUAGCCCUCACUUCCUCCCCCACAAUGCACUGCUGUUAGCAGCAGCUCUUCACGACUGUUAACUGCCCGGGGUGGCCAGGCAUACCGGCAGACCACCUCUCCUUUUAAUGAAGUGCCAAAUAGUUAUCUACUCCACAAUGCUGCCAGGAGAGAAAGAAGGAAAACAUGUUACCUCUUAUUUUGAGUCUCAAAACACCCGUGCGUACACAUGUAUGCAUCACGACACAUUUAUUUUGACAUCCGACGCAAAGGCGAUGGUAGCACAGAGAGAACAGUUUGAAGAAAUUUUAGACCAAAAAAAACCUUUCAAAGCAGAUAUUUGUGAAUCUCUCAGUUCAAGUAUGUUAUUCCCGUCAGUAGUGCACUCUUCUCUGAUUGUUCCGAUGGAGGUCAGAUAAACCCAGUGACCGAUAUUGUCGAUUAGCGGACAGGAAGAUUUGCCUUUACUUCACAUCAUACUGGAAUUUAUGAACUUUUAAUUUUUGUUCAUAAUUUUUUUUUUUUUCAUUUCAUUUUUUCUCAGGGUGCUUUACCAGAACAGUCUAUAUUUUGUGCAUUUAUUUAAGAAACACACACAUGUAU